AUGACAUUUCAAACUGGUGAGCAAGUCCUUAUAAGAGUGUCACCCAUGAAAGGGGUGAUGAGAUUUGGCAAGAAGGGAAAUCUUAGUCCCCGAUACAUUGGACCAUUUGAGAUCCUUGACUGUGUAGGGCCAGUGGCUUAUAGAUUGGCCUUACCCCCUAGCUUAUCUGGAGUUUAUCCAUUGUUUUAUGUGUCCAUGUUGAAGAAGUAUCAUGGUGACGGAGAUUACAUUAUAAAAUGGGACUCAGUUCUAUUGGACAAAGACUUUCAGCAUGAAGAGGAACCGCUUGCAAUUCUUGAUCGCGAUGGCAUCUUCAAGCGGUUACUGAUCGACCUCUGCUUGGAGGUAACUGAUCGAGACCGAAUUCAAGGGUGA